AUGUCUUUCUACGUCACUUAUUUUCCAUGGAAACAGUUUGGGGAAUGUCAAAAGGCAACAUUGCUUGUAUCACCAAUGGCUUCUAAACUUGAGUUUGACACUCGACAGUUUUCUGCAGAGAAUUGCAAAAAAUUUGCUGAAGCAAUUUAUGAGAAAUCUCAAGUCUACAAGCAUAUAGUCGGUUUUAUGGAUGGAACAAUGCAAAAAAAUUGCUAUCCACAAGAGAAAGCAGACCAAAAGAUUAUAUAUAGUGAAUGGAAACACAUUCAUUAUCUUAAGUAUUAUGCAAUUGUGACACCUGAUGAUAUCACCAGUAGCCUUCUCGGUCCUUUCACUGAGUCCAGAACAUUGGAUUGUCUCAUCUUGCAUCUGAGUACUUUAACUUCAGAAAGAAAUAGUGGUUUACACUAUGUAAUUUAUGGUGACCAAGCAUAUCAAAAAUCAUUAUAUGUUUAUAGAUCAUUUACAGUAUAUGAGAUAAAAGAGCAUUCUUCUUUGAAAGAAGUUAACAGGAAGAUGUCACAAACAAGGGUACAGGUCAAGAUGGAGUUUGGGAAGAUAUCACAGUACUUUAAAUACUGCAAAUAUCAUUACUCUUUCUCAAUUGAAAGAGCAACUAUAGCAAUUUUUGGGCUGCCACCACCAAAAAUUGAGGAGUACAUUGCCAGACUCAUGUGUGAACAACAAUCAAGAGACACAAUCAAUAAUGUGAAUACUAUUUUGGACAAUUUGUCUAACUUAGUUUAG